AGGAAGAGGACGAUGAAGAAAAGCUAGACAUUGUCAAUGACACGAGAAAACCCUAAAACUCUGCCCAGGAUCGUCCGGGAGGAAUUGGGUCGCGGGUUUUUGGUGGGUUUUUCCUGUUUGAUCCAUCUGGGAGGAAUUGCGAGGCGGGAUCUCGAGAAUGUACGUUGUGAGUGAGAAUUUCUUUCGGUUUUGCUCAGGAGGAUGAGAGCGCAUGGGUAGAGACAAGAAAGAUUCAGGAAAAUGGCUCACAAUCUCCAAGAACAGCAGCAGCAGCAGCUGGUCAUGGACGAGAUGAUGGAGCAAAUCUUGUCGAUGCCAUCGUGGAGCGAUUCCGGCAGGGUGGCUGGUGCUGCUCCAUGGGAUUCUUUCUCGGGUGGCAUGGCGGGAUUGGAGACCAUGGUGGCGCUUCUCAACACAAACAACACCACCACUACCAGUUCUAGCAUCAACAAUGGGAUCAUCUCCUCGUCGUCGCUGCUGGAUCCUGGGAGCUUGCAAGUCCAGGAUCAUGGAUCUACGCUCCUCUCGCAGCUCAAGCAGCAGCAGCAGCAAGAACACGAGCACCACCACCACCUCGUGCACGAUUCGUGUAGGAUUUCUUCCAUCUCUUCCAACAAGAACAACGGCGACUCUUCCUCCCCGGUCUUCGAGAGGUCCGACUCGACAUGGUGCCAGCAGUACGCGUCCAAUCUCCCGCUAAGUUUUGGAAAGCCUGGAGGAGGAUCCGGAGGAGAUGUUCUCACGGAAGCACAGAUGCUCGGCAAGAGAAUCCGCGACGAGCAGCAGCAGCAGCAGCAGCAAGCUGCGUCGCUGAUGGAGAAUCUCUCGGCAAUCUCGGGACAAGACGCUGGGAUUUUCAACACGUUUGGUGGACAUCCGGGACAGACUAACCUCGCAAGAACAAAAUCCGGUCAGGCUUGCCAAGGAUUGAGAACCGAGAUCCAGGAGGUGCCACCGCCAGUGUCCCAGCAGCAACCAGCAGCAGCGAUUCCGGGUGGAGCAGCAAGGCCUCGAGUUCGUGCUCGUCGUGGCCAAGCCACCGAUCCUCACAGCAUCGCCGAGAGACUGAGACGUGAGAGAAUCGCCGAGCGGAUGAAAUCGCUGCAAGAGCUCGUUCCCAAUUCUAACAAGACUGAUAAGGCGUCCAUGCUGGAUGAGAUCAUCGAUUACGUCAAGUUUUUGCAACUCCAAGUGAAGGUUCUUAGCAUGAGCAGGCUGGGAAACGCUGGAGCUGUCAUGACCGAUCUUCCACCCGAGGACUCAAACCAAUUCCUCGCAGCUCUGGGACAAAACGGCGCGCAGGACGGAAUCGCUCUCACCGAGAGACAAGUCGCGAAACUCAUGGAGGAAGACAUGGGCUCCGCGAUGCAGUACCUCCAAAACAAAGGCCUCUGCUUGAUGCCAAUCCAUCUCGCCAGCAACAUGUCCAAGACCUCCAACAAUUCACCGCCGCCGCCACCGCCACCGCUACCACCAGCGCAAGCCAACAAAGCUCGAAAGGGAGUAACUUCUUCGUCUUCCUCGGUUGGCAAGCCAUCAACUGUAAAGAACGCUGAUAUUUCUGAAAGCUAACAAACAGCAUAUAACAAAAUAACACAAACUGACCUCUUCUCCUCC